UAAAGUUUUUCAAUGCAAUUGUGGAAGAUGAGGAGUAAAAAGAACGUAUUAUUCUUAGUCACCUAUCAUUUGUACCUCUAAAGCUCUAAUUGAUAUUCUCAUGUAUUCUCAAAUAUGGAAGGUUUUUGUAAGACUCUAAUUGAUAUUCUCAUGUAUUCUCAAAUAUGGAUGGUAUUUGUGUUGAGAGCAUACGGAAUGUAAUAUUUGACAUCAAAAAUUUGUUUUGUAUUGAACUUCUUCCCUUUUUGAUACUUCAAACACUUUAAUGAGCUCAUUAAUUAAUUUUGGAAUGUAACUGCCGUAUUAACAUAUAGAAUAACAUGUGUUGGGAUAUAUUAUCCCGGCCUAUUACUGUUCAUGAGUCCAAGGCUUUACGUAGUACGGAGCCCGAGCAGCUAGGCCCAUUUCGGCCCAUCCGGCCCACUUUAGCCAUUUGGGCCCACUCCGGCCCAUGCGGCCCAUUAGGGUGGAGAGCAUCCCCUUCCCCAAUUCUCUAUAAAUAUGGGAGUUUCCCUCCAUAUUAUGGAUCUUUUUCCUUCUUCUUCCUUCUCACUAGAAUAGCUUACAAUACUCCAUUAAUAGGAGCUCAAAAUGUACUAUGUAAUGGUGAGGAGAGUCCUAAUGAGAAAGAGAGGGCUUGGACAUUAGCCUAAAAAGUCCCGUGGUUUUCUCCCUUUCGGGUUUCCACGUAAAAACUGAGUGUUCAUACAUAUAUUUACUAUAUCGUGUUGGAUUAGACUCAACACUGGCGCCGUCUGUGGGAAUCUGUCCAAAAAGAUUCGUGUGUUCUACCGUUCUUGAGUUUUUUCUACAAAAAUUCAUACGAAGUGGACUGAUUUCACCAAAAAAGGAGAAAAAUUUUACAAAAAAUGAUUCUGAGAAAAGAAGAAUAUAGAGAUCUGGUUUCUUCACAUCAGGAACAUCCCAACCUUUGCCGGAAACUGCCAGGGCCGCCGGGAAUCGCCGUAACCGUCCAUGUUACGUCGGCACCAUCAACUGAAGGUCGCUGCUCACUGGACCUCACUAUGGCAGCUCGAAAGUGACUGGUGCCGCCUCAGAUGGUUAUCAUCGUCUGCAGUAAACCAGGAGCUAUGGUUUCCGACACUCUUCGCGGUAUUUACGGUCUUUUGCCUCCGUUACGAGGUCGCCGGUCACCGUUCACGGCUAGCUUAUCCACCUCGCUGCCAACCUAAGCUUCCUUGAUUUCCGACAUUAAUGGCGACUUGGAUUUCUCGAGAGCCAAAUAUCUGACCGGGGCUGAUCCCUCGCCGAAGACAAGCCUCCAUGGCCGCCGUUGAGCUGCCAUGGCUCCAUUGCUACCGUCAAUCAGGGGCCGAACGAUACUGCCCUUCCUUGGUGGGGUGUUCAUUUGCCUCUCCACAAGAUGCUCCUCACUUGGCUGAGAGCAGGCCACGUACAAAGGCCGAAAUCCAAGAGUGGAAUUAGCAACAAAGACAGAGCAGCAAGCAUUAUUUUGGGCGGUCACCGUACGUAGCAGGACAUUAUUUGGAGUGUGUUGACUCAGUCAACAAGCAGAACAUUAUUUGGACAACUCUUCCAUAGUUGCUUCUCGGCUAAAGGGCACGACUUCAAAGCUAAGUAUUUUAAUUCCAUCAUAUGCUAAUUAAACACUUUAGUAGUGAAAACUCGAAGUAUUGCUAGUAUAUUAUCCCAUUAUUUAAUAGGGAUUAAAAUGUCCCAGAAUUAAAUAGUGAGAGCGAUGCUCAAAGUGAUAAUUAGUUUCACCGUCAUUUAAAUUUAAUGACUGGUUGUUGUGUGCCUGUUGGCCCGCUCCUGAUCGGCUUUAAUUAGCGAACGGAGUAUACUUGAAUGGCCUUUGAUAGGGAAGUAUCAUUGCUAUUACCGGUUAUGUCACUAUUAUUUAUUAGGGAUAAAAUGUCCCGAAUUAAAUAAUGCUGAGCGAGGCUCAAGUGAUGGUUAGUUCAACUAACAUUUUAUUAAUUAUUUGACUUCUUGUGGCCCCGAUGGCCCACUCUCGAUCAGCUUGAUUUGCGAUCUGAGCGUCUCCAGAGGGUAGUGCCCCGAUGACGCGUUUUAAUUUGGGGGGUUACGCAUUAGUCCGCACGACACCGAGUGCUCGAGCGACGAUCGUACCCUGGUACCAUCUACGCCAUCAGGCGCAGAGUGACUAUUGCCAACGCGGCCUGUGGGGCCCGAAGGCACCAAAGCACUCAACCUCGUUUUUCCGGGGGCGGUGCGACCAACUUGGGUCUGAGUUUGAAAACUCACAGACCGAUGAAUAUUUCUAUGUGACGUCCGGCGGGCUGCUAAUUGGCCCCGCCGCGAGCUGCUACGUCCAUUAAUCCCGCACGAUGAGCCGGGCCGAGGGUCACGAUGACCCAUGGGCCGGUAAUCGUGGGUGUUAGAGAGAAGGCCAUGCAGAUGGUUAUGUGUGCAUAUUUAUUGUCGGGCCGUGUGGCCCAUUAUCAUGCUUGUUGCGUAGCUGAAGCCACUCGGCGCGCUGGAGCGAAAUGAUUAGAAGACGCUCGGCCCGAGUCUUGAAGACGUGCAGGGCCGGCUAAAGAGGAGACCAUCACGGCUGAGGACCGUGAGACGAGCAUCUCCACCUAGAGGCCGAGGGCCUAGAGGAGACCACCACGGUUGAGAACCGUGGGACGAGCAUCUCCACCCCAGAGACCGAUGGCCUAGGAAGAACACCUAGAGGCCGAGGGUCUAGAGGGAACUGCCACGGCGAAGAACCGUGAGACGAUCAUCCAUCAUCCAGAGGCCGAGGGCCAAGAGGAAACCAUCACGGCUGAGAGCCGUGAUACGAGCAUCUCCACACCAGGAGCCGGUGGCCUAGAGGAGACCACUACGGCCGAGGGUCGUGGGACCAUCCUUACAUCACGACCGACCUCACGGUACGGCGUGUUUAUCACCUGAAGACCGGUAUCAUCCCCGCGCUGCGCGGAUGAGAGCCGUUGCACGGAUACACUUGAUCGGCCUCUCAUUGCCGACAUCAUUAUAUCACGACCAGCCUCCUGGCUCGGCGUGCUUUCCAUACUUGAAGACCGGCCUCGUCCCCGCUCCUCGCGGACGAGAGCCGUUGCUUGAUUCUUCCCGGUCGGCCUCUCAUUGCCGACACCAUUAUACCAUGACCGGCCUCUCGGCUCGGCGUGCUUAUCUUUUGAAGACCGGCCUCGUCCCCGCCCUCGCGGACGAGGACCGUUGCUUGAUUUUCUCAGAUCGGCCUCUCAUUGCCAACACUGUCACAUCAUGUUCGGCCUCUCAUCGCCGACAUCAUCAUAUCAUGACCGGCCCCUCAGCAUGGCAUGAUUAUCUUAUUUGAAGACCGGUUUCAUCCCCGCUCCUCGCGGAUGACGGCCGUUGCUUGUUCUCUCUGAUCGGCCUCUCAUUGUCGAUAUCAUUAUAUCACGAUCGGCCUCUCGGCACGACGUGUUUAUCUUUUGAAGACCGGUCUCAUCCCCGCGCUGCGUGGAUGAGAGCCGCUGCUCGGAUAUAUCAGCCUGAUCGGACACUAUUGUCAUCUCCUUAUCAGGACCGACUGCUCAGCGACUUUAUGAUCAUUGUAUAUCGGCUCCCAGCGCCGACCUUCUUGAGUUGGCGAUCGGGCUCACCCCUCCCCUCCAGGAGGGUGACCAUCGCCAUCGCAUGACGACCAGCCAUUCCAUCGCCUCGUCAUUUUAUUCAUUUUUGUAUCCCACCACCAUUAUGUGUGACAUCACUUGUGGUCAUUCUUAGAACCGAUGAACGUAUUUUCCUCCCUCAAAAAAAAAAAAAAAAAAAAAAAAAAAAAAAAAAAAGAAGAAGAAAAAAAAAAAAAAAAAAAAAAAAAAAAAAAAAGAUGGGGAGAAGGGGAGAGAGAAGCUCCUAUGAGAGAGGGAGUCUUGACGAGGUAUGCCUGAUCUUCCUUCGCCGCGUAUGACGAACGUCUCCCGACGCGGAGGUUAGUAGAACGUGGGGGAGGCUAGACGUACCAAAGGGAACCUCGGCAGGAUAAACCAGUUCCUCCCAUUUCCCGUGGAUCGAUGAACACCUUCUGCAAAAGCAGAAGGCUAGUAGGGCCACGAGCAUGGGACGACGAAGCAGGGAAUCCCGACGUGGAUAAACCAGUGACCUCCCUGCGAUCGUUGGGUGACCGAACGUCUUCUUCGAGGAAAGAAGAUUAGUAGGACCACGACAGGGACGAACGAAGAAUAGGGAAUCCCGACGUGGAUACACCUGUUCCUCCUUGCGAUCGUUGGUUGACCGAACGUCUUCUUCGAAGUAAGAAGAUUAGUAGGACCGCGACAAGGACGAACGAAGUAUAGGGAAUCCCGACGUGGAUAAACCUGUUCCUCCUUGCGAUCGUUGGAUGACCAAACGUCUUCUUCGAAGUAAGAAGAUUAGUAGGACCACGACAGGGACGAACGAAGAAUAGGGAAUCCCGACGUGGAUAAACCUGUUUCUUCUCAUAGUUGGGAUGACGAACGUCUCCUGCGAAACCAGGAGACCAGUACUCACGAGACUUGGGAAGAACGAAGAACCAGUUCUUUAUCGGAGUCUGUGCGUGCCGAGUGUACACCGCUUAGCGGUCCGUACAUAGGACCACGGAUACGGUAGACGAACGACGAUUAGCUCCCCAGAUCAGGUAGGAGGGACAUCGCCCAGAUUUAUUUCAGGCUCACCAUUCUUUCCCGGAUGAAGUCCUGGCAGACGAUCGGCUUCUCACAGCCAAUCAGGAGAGAGACUUGACACAUCACCAGCACGGCCGAGGGCCGCGAGACGAUUAUCACUCACCGACAGGCCGAGGGCCAUGAGAUGAUCAUCACUAUUUUUCUGUAUCACGAUCGGCCCGAUAGCGCCAUCGUGUCCAGAUUCACGGUUCGGCUCGCCCAUUCCCUUCCAGGAUGGCGACGACCGUCUUAUGCAGUACGAUCGGCCCCUCAGCGCCAUCGUACCCAGCUCACGUUCAGCUCGUCCAUCCCUUCCAGGGUGGCGACGAACGUAUUAUGCAUCACGAUCGGCCCCUCAGCGCCAUCGUGUCCAGAUUCACGGUUCGGCUCGCCCAUCCCCUCCAGGAUGGCGACGACCGUCUUAUGCAGUACGAUCGGCCCCUCAGCGCCAUCGUACCCAGCUCACGUUCGGAUCGCCCAUUUCCCUCCAGGAUGGCGACGAACGUCUUAUGCAUCACGAUCGGCCCCUCAGCGCCAUCGUGUCCAGAUUCACGGUUCGGAUCGCACAUUUCCCUCCAGGAUGGCGACGACCGUCUUAUGCAGUACGAUCGGCCCCUCAGCGCCAUCGUACCCAGCUCACGUUCGGAUCGCCCAUUUCCCUCCAGGAUGGCGACGAACGUCUUAUGCAUCACGAUCGGCCCCUCAGCGCCAUCGUGUCCAGAGUCGCGGUUCGGAUCGCCCAUUCCCUCCAGGAUGGCGACGACCGUCUUAUGCAGUACGAUCGGCCCCUCAGCGCCAUCGUACCCAGCUCACGUUCGGAUCGCCCAUUUCCCUCCAGGAUGGCGACGAACGUCUUAUGCAUCACGAUCGGCCCCUCAGCGCCAUCGUGUCCAGAUUCGCGGUUCGGAUCGCCCAUUCCCUCCAGGAUGGCGACGACCGUCUUAUGCAGUACGAUCGGCCCCUCAGCGCCAUCGUACCCAGCUCACGUUCAGCUCGUCCAUCCCUUCCAGGGUGGCGACGAACGUCUUAUGCAUCACGAUCGGCCCCUCAGCGCCAUCGUGUCCUGAUUCACGGUUCGGAUCGCCCAUUUCCCUCCAGGAUGGCGACGACCGUCUUGUGCAGUACGAUCGGCCCCUCAGCGCCAUCGUACCCAGCUCACGUUCGGAUCGUCCAUCCCUUCCAGGGUGGCGACGAACGUCUUAUGCAUCACGAUCGGCCCCUCAGCGCCAUCGUGUCCAGAUUCACGGUUCGGAUCGCCCAUUUCCCUCCAGGAUGGCGACGACCGUCUUAUGCAGUACGAUCGGCCCCUCAGCGCCAUCGUACCCAGCUCACGUUCAGCUCGCACAUUCCCUCCAGGAUGGCGACGAACGUCUUAUGCAGUGCGAUCGGCCCCUCAGCGCCAUCGUACCUGGCUUCACGGUUCGGCUCGCACAUUCCCUCCGGGAUGGCGACGACCGUCUUAUGCAGCACGAUCGGCCCCUCAGCGCCAUCGUGUCUCUUUCACGUUCGGAUCACGCAUCCCCUCCGGGAUGGCGACGAACGUCUCAUAUGCAGCACGAUCGGCCCCUCAGCGCCAUCGUGUCUCUUUCACGUUCGGAUCGCGUAUCUCUUCCAGGAUGGCGACGAACGUCUUAUGCAGUGCGAUCGGCCCCUCAGCGCCAUCUUACCUGGCUUCACGGUUCGGCUCGCACAUUCCCUUCAGGAUGGCGACGACCGUCUUAUGCAGCACGAUCGGCCCCUCAGCGCCAUCGUGUCUCUUUCACGGUUCGGCUCGCACAUUCCCUCCGGGAUGGCGACGACCGUCUUAUGCAGCACGAUCGGCCCCUCAGCGCCAUCGUGUCUCUUUCACGUUCGGAUCGCGCAUCUCUUCCAGGAUGGCGACGAACGUCUUAUGCAGUGCGAUCGGCCCCUCAGCGCCAUCGUACCUGGCUUCACGGUUCGGCUCGCACAUUCCCUUCAGGAUGGCGACGACCGUCUUAUGCAGCACGAUCGGCCCCUCAGCGCCAUCGUGUCUCUUUCACGUUCGGAUCACGCAUCCCCUCCAGGAUGGCGACGAACGUCUCAUAUGCAGCACGAUCAGCGCCCCAGCGCCGUCGUGUCUGGAUCGUGUUCGGCUCGCCCAUCCCUUCCAGGAUGGCGACGAACAUCUCUUAUACAGCUCGAUUGGCCCCUCGGCGGCAUCAUGCCUAGUUCACCUCCGGCUCCGCCCAUGCCAUCUCGGAUGGGGGACCCGUCGUAUGCAGCAUGAUUGGCCCCUCGGCGGCAUCAUGUCUAGUCCACCUUCGGCUCCGCCCAUGCCAUCUCGGAUGGGGGACCCGUCUUACGCAGCGCGUCUGCUUCUCGGCGCUGACAUGCCCGGGUUAUCGAUGAGAGCUACUGCUUCUAUCACAUCUUGCAUUCCCUCUCUCAUACAUUACAUACAUACAUUACAUGCAUACAUACAUUCAUGCAUCAUACCUCAUACAUUCAUACAUACACACGUGCAUCAUGUUUUGACAGUACCGCGACGUCGGUUUAUAGAUGAUGGACCUCUAAGCUUCUCCGAUUGGAAAGCUCGCGUCAAAGUUCUUUACUCCCGCCUGAUGCAUUCAGGGAGAGUGUGCCCGUGGAGGAGCACCCUUCGCCCGACCCUGUCGGGAAGGGGGGUGCCUCACUGGUAGAUUACGUUCAGGAGUGCAGACACUCACUCAUAUAUGAUGAUUAUGUGAAGACACAGUUUCCAGCAAGACAGAGGAAGAGUGCAGGCAGAGUAUAUUUUCUCGAGCAGAUUCGCGAGCUCACUACUCAAGAAACUGGGGGACUUGUGUUGGGAUAUAUUAUCCCGGCCUAUUACUGUUCAUGAGUCCAAGGCUUUACGUAGUACGGAGCCCGAGCAGCUAGGCCCAUUUCGGCCCAUCCGGCCCACUUUAGCCAUUUGGGCCCACUCCGGCCCAUGCGGCCCAUUAGGGUGGAGAGCAUCCCCUUCCCCAAUUCUCUAUAAAUAUGGGAGUUUCCCUCCAUAUUAUGGAUCUUUUUCCUUCUUCUUCCUUCUCACUAGAAUAGCUUACAAUACUCCAUUAAUAGGAGCUCAAAAUGUACUAUGUAAUGGUGAGGAGAGUCCUAAUGAGAAAGAGAGGGCUUGGACAUUAGCCUAAAAAGUCCCGUGGUUUUCUCCCUUUCGGGUUUCCACGUAAAAACUGAGUGUUCAUACAUAUAUUUACUAUAUCGUGUUGGAUUAAACUCAACAACAUGAUUUACAUAACUUGCCUUAAGAUUAUAUUACUUGCAAAUGUGGUCUGAAUUAAU